CCCGCCUCCUCUGUGGAUAAAGGAUAAGCAAAACCGCAGAGGAACCAGUGUGCACACCCAGCGAGCGGCGGCAGCUCCCUGCGACAGCGAGCCCGUCCAUGGCGUCCCUCUCCCCCUCCCUCCACCUCCCGUGCAAUUCAAGAACUGGCUUCGUUGGGAAGUCACAAGGCAUCCGUCUUCGCAUUAUCCCUGCCAGCAGAGUUGGUUUUGUUAGAAAAACAGUGGAAUGCAAGGAGUCCAGAAUCGGGAAGAAGCCGAUCGAAGUUCCAUCAAAUGUUACUCUAACACUAGAGCAGCAGUUUGUCAAAGCUAAGGGUCCGCUCGGAGAAUUGUCAUUAAACUAUCCCACCGAAGUGAAAGUUGUGAAAGAAGAAUCUGGCAAACUGAGGGUAUUCAAGACUGUGGAAACCAAAAGGGCGAACCAGAUGCAUGGCCUUUUCAGAACCCUGACGGACAACAUCAUCGUGGGGGUGUCGAAAGGAUUCGAUAAAAGGCUUCAGUUAGUGGGUGUUGGGUAUCGUGCGACAGUGGAGGGCAAAGAUCUUGUGAUGAACCUGGGAUUCUCGCACCCUGUCCGGAUGGCUGUUCCCGAAGGACUGCAAGUUAAGGUGGAGGAGAACACCAAGAUCAUCGUGAGUGGCUACGACAAGAGCGAAAUCGGCCAGUUUGCUGCCACCAUAAAGAAGUGGAGGCCUCCGGAGCCAUACAAGGGAAAGGGUAUCAGAUACCAAGACGAGAUUGUCAGAAGGAAGGAGGGCAAAGCUGGCAAGAAGAAAUAGAAAGCUGUUUCUCUGCAGUGUGCAUUUCAUACUUCUCUUUAUUUUUCCUCUGUAAUCCAUUGUCUUCCGAGUACUAAAACCCAACUUACGAAUACCAUGUUCUUUAGCCCUUCAACAUUUGUAGAGAAAAACGUAAACACAUUCAGUAUUUGCUUGUGCUACUCAGCAGGUAAUGGACCGCAGUGCCUAUAACAUGGUUGCCAUCUCA